AUGGUCUCAAGCCGGGCAGGCAAAGGUUACGCCUUCCCAAAGGGAGGCUGGGAACUGGACGAGAGCCUGGAGGAUGCUGCCCGACGGGAGACAGUGGAGGAGGCUGGUGUCAGGGGGACGCUUGAGACUCCCGGCCUGGGUCGCUUCGACUUCUCCUCCUCCAAGCUGGGGCGGGGCGGAGAGCCGCAGCGGGGCGCCGCCUUCAUGUUUGUCCUGCACGUCUCUGAGGAACUGCAGAGCUGGCCGGAAUCGGAGGAGCGCGUGCGUGAGUGGGUCCCCCUGAAGCUGGCUCCUGCCAGGUGCCGGUACGCCUGGAUGCGCGAUGCCCUGGAGUGCUGGGUUGCGGCCAGGGGCUGGCCCCCGCUUGACCCCGGCAGGCACUCCCCCUCCCUUGUGUGGACGGUGGGGGGCAAGGUGGAGGGGGACCGCCAGCACCCUCCCGAGUCGGUGUCUGUGGCGCUGUGA